AAAUACUUUAUACGGUCGGAAAUGACUCCUUCACUGCGUUGCAAACUUCUGAGUAAAAUCAUAAUACUCUGCAUGGUAUAUUACAGCUCUUGCAGGACUUACAGCCGGCUAACAGAGUCCCCUGUGCGCAAUCCUGCGAGGGAGGAGAAGGAGGAGGCGGCGGGUGACUGGGGACUGUCCCACAGGACUCCUGCUAUAAACAGACGAAACUCAACAGGUUUAAGCUCAGUUGGCUCUGUGAGGUCCUGGCAUUCAAUCGCGAAAUCGAAGCGGCGGCAACGACCCCAAGUAAUACGCAAGGAAAAGCCCACGCACGGUACAAAUUCCGAGUACUUGUCGCUAAUAGAUAAUUGAAUAUUUUUACCAUUGUUGUGUGGGAAUUUAAUGCGCGU